AUGGGCUUCUUCCUGCUGCUGCCUCCUCUGCUGCUGCGGCGCGUCUUCCCUCCCCAGCAUCUAUCACUUGCUGCUCGGCUUCGUUGCCCUGGAUGCUGCAGCAGCUGCAGCAGCAGCGACAGCAGCAGCAGCAGCAGUAGCAGCAGCAGCAAGGGAUUUAAGGCAGUACUGCAGCACCAUAAUCUCCUGCGCGACGCAGUGGGGGUCGCUAGGACGCUAACAACAAGUGGCGCAGCAAUAUCAACAGCAGCAGCAGCAACAGCAACGCCAACAGCAGAAACAACAGCAGUACCAGCAGCAAGAGAUCAAACAGCAGCAGAAUCAGGCGGUGUUGCUGCUCCUGGGAUAAGGAAAGAUGCGGAGAGAGAUGCCUUAACUUAUUUGCACUCGAAGCUCGAGGAUGCAUGGCGGCUGCUGUUGGAGGCCUCACCAGCAGUGCAGCAGCAGCAACAGCAGCAAUCGCUGCUGCCAGGGUCCGCAGCGGCUGUAGACGCUCCAGUUUGCGCAGCAUCUGCUGCAGCAUCUGCGACAGCAGCUGCUGCGGCUGUUGCUGCAGGCCUUGGUGCUGGGCGGUCUUUGCUGCUGCACUUGAAGAGGCGGCAGCAGGCAGCUUCUGCCGCUGAACUCCUGCAGCAAGGCACAACUUCAUCGCAUGCCUUCAUAAUUAGCGGCAGCAUAAGCAACAGCAACGGCAGCAGCGGCAGCAGCAGGUGCUCUGGGGGAGGCAGCAUCGAUGCUGCAUGCUCUGGGAAGCCAAGACAGUUGCUGCAGAACUGUCUCCAGCUGCUCGCAUCAAUCCUAAGAAACGCUCCUUGCUACGGAGGGCCUGCAGCAGCGGAUGGUGGUGCUGCUGCUGCAGCAGCAGCAGCUCAGACAGCAGCAGCCCAUGUCGAAGCCGCGCGUCUUGCCGUUCUCCUGCUGCAGUGUUUGCUGCAUGCUAGGGAGGAAUGGCAGCUGCCGGCCGUCAUGCUGCUGCAGCACAUUCAAGCUGCAGCAGACUGCAUCGAAGCAGCGGCUACUGCGCAGCUCCACUUGCAGCAGCAGCAUCAGCAGCAGCAACAACAACAACACCAGCAGCCGGUAGAGAAACAAACACAUCCUGUGGGUUGGAUAUACCAGCAGCAAAUUGAGUUAGCUGUUCUCCUGAAACGCUUUGUGCGGCUGCUCGCUGCUCUUCUUAAUCACACUGCUAUUUUCCUUAAGCAGCAGCAGCACCAGCUGCCGCUGCAGCUGCCGGUGCUGCAGCAGCAAGGGUGCCGAGCUCAAGAGAAGGAGGAGCUUUACAGAAGCAGACAGCGGCAGCGGCAGUGGUUGCUGCAACAAGAACUCUCCCAAGCGCAGCAGCAGCUGCAGCAUCAGCGGCACAGAGAGCAGCUGCAGGACAACGUUGCAACUGCAGCAAAAUGUGAAGACCGCUCUGUUGCUGCUGCUGCCGCCUCUCCCCUUAAAGCAUCUGCAGCAGCGUCAGCGGCUCUUUCGUCUGUCCGGAGAUUCAUGGAGACUGCAACCUGUUUGGUGCAGCAAUCGCUGGAACAGCACCAACUGCAGCUGCACCAGCAAUACCACAACCAGCAGCAGCAGCAGCAGCAGCUGCAUCAAGGACACAACGGACAGGCAGCCUUCAAGUUCAGCAGGCCGCCAGUAGAGGAGCCGCAGAAGUUUGCUGCAGUUGCAAAUGUUGGCUUUCUUUCUCCUAAAACACGCAGCGCACUGCCUCAAGCAGUUGCAGCAGCAGCGGGAGCAGCAGCAACAGCACCAGAAACAGUUGCUGUUGCUGUAGCGGAGCUGAGGCACCUUUCUCCCUUGCUGCUGUGGCUGCUGCCUUCUGUUUUGAUGCUGGCGCAGCAAAUGAAAUGCACUGAAUUGGAUGGCUUGUGGGGUGUUGCUUUCCUCCUAGCGCAGCAGCAGCAGCAACAACAACAACAGGAACAGAUGCAGCACUUCAUGCAACAGCUUCAGCUGCCAGAGCUGAGUUUGCUGCUCUUUGCUGCAACGCGGCUCUGCGCUAUGCAGUCGGCGCAGCAGCAGCAGCAACAACAGCAGCUCACGGCCGGGAAAACAACUGCUGCUGCUGCUGCUGCUGCUGCUGCUGGUGGUGCUUGCAAGCUGCCGCUGCAGCGAUUAGCUUCCUGGUGCUCCCUGCGUGCUGCAGCCCUUCUAUCUUGUGACACCUCUGUACAGACACAUGGCGAGGCAGGAGAUGCUGCUCAUGCACCUUUGGCAGCCUUGCAGCAGCAGCAGCACCAGCAGCUGCAGCAGCAGCAACAAAGACAAAUCCCACGUCAGUGGCUCCGCCCCAGCUGCAUUUUGCUGCUUGGGCUAACGCGGUUACUGCAGCAGGAGCAGCUGCUGCUUUCAGGCUGUCUGUUCAACAGGUCAGUGCAGCAGGCCCUCUCGGGUAGCCAGAUUUGGAGCAGCAACAACAGCAGCAGCAACAGCAACAGCAGCCGCACACACGCUGGAAACAAGCUCGGUCGAAGCAGCCCGAACAUAUCGGAGCUUGCUGCUGCGGGUGCUGCUUUCUUGAAGGCGCUGAACAGCCGCCUUGUUGCUGCCGACUGGCUACAGCAGCAGCAGCAGCAGCAUCAGCAGGCUUUCGAGGCCGGUGCGCAAGUGCCUGCACAGCCGAUCGUGGCAGCAAAACCCGAGGCAGCAGCAGCAACAACAGCAACUGCAGGAGCAGCAACAGCAGCAGAUGACGCAUGCAAAAGAGAGAAAUUAUUUUUCUCUGGGCGCGACUUCGUACAUUUGCUGCGUUGUUUUGUCUCUGUUCGUUUUAUGUCGGAGUUGCUGCUGCAGAAAGCCCUUUGCUUUUUAGGUGCAAAUCCUCCGGUCGUACGAAGGAAGCAAAGGCAGCAGAAGCAGCAGCAGCAACAGCAAGCGGCAGCAGCUGCAGCGGCAGGGGGGACUGUUGAAGGGACGCCGCUGCUGCUGUCUCCUCAGGACGCUGGGCUGCUUCUUUGGGCCCUUGGCACUGCAGCAGCAGCUGCGGUGUCUCCGCAGCAGCUGCAGCAUCGUCUCCAAUGCAAUAAUAGCUUUCUCUUCAAGAUUACACCUUCCUCAUCUGGACACGUUCCUACUGCUGCUCCUGCUGCAGCAGCAGUAGCUGCUGCUGCGGCUACUGCUGCUGCUGGCCUGUCUCCCGAAGAGCAGCACCUUCUCCGUAUACACCUAAGGCGUCUGGCGAAGCAGUUGCUUUCAAGUACUUCUCUGGAAGGUCCCGGGUCGUCUGCUGCUAGGCGUGAAACAUUUGUUCCUAGCAGCAGCAGUAGCAGCAGCAGCAUCAACAGCAGCAUCAGCAGCAGCAGCGACAAGUGCGCCGAUAGUCAAGCCAUAGCUAAUGCUGUGUGGGGCAUGACGUGCUGCGGAUUGCUGCAGCACCGUCUAUUGAGGACUUACUGCGCGUCUUCUUCUUAUCGCUGCGGCUUUCGGUGCAGCAGCAGCAGCAAAGAAAAGAGGCAGCUGCUGCAGGCCGCUCUGCUCUUGCGUUUGCAGCGAGCGAGAGCUCCGCAAGCAGCAGCUUUUGUUGCUCUGCCCUUGGCUGCGGUGCAGCGGCGUAGCGGCUUUUCCUUUGCUGCUGCUGGGCGACAGUCAAAUGUCUCCUCCUUGCUUCGCAACAGCAACAGGAAGCUGGUGCUGCAGGGACGCAGCAGGAGACAGAUACAUGGAGACACGGGCAGUGACUACAAGGUGACAAACAGCGGCGUUAGGCCCUCGCUGCUGCAGCAGCAGGUGCUGCGGCAGCUAGAGGGGCUGCUGCAGCGGACUGCAACACCAAUAACAGGUACAACGGAGCAAGGAGCGACGGACAGAGCAGCAGGAAAACAAACCACCGCUUCAUCAGCAGCAGCAGCAGCAGCAACAGCACAAAUAUCUCCUGCUACAGUUCGUAUUCUGCAUGAGUACAGCGUAAGAGGUGGCUUGCAGUUGGAUAUCGCCUUGCUGCAGCAGCAGCAGAAGCACAAGCAGCAGCAGCAGCAAACUGCUGCUGUUGGCCGACGCUGCACUCGCUGCCUCCCCGUCCGCAUUGCCGUUGAAGUCGAUGGGCCUUCACACUUUCUGCUGAGUAUGCAUACACCCCAAGAUCUCCUGAAUGAGUAUGAGCAUACACCGGUACAGGUGCCGGGCAGAGGGUUUGCUGCCACUAGCAACGAAUGCAGCAACAGCUUCAGUUCUAGCAACAGCAGCAGCAACAGCAACCAUAGCCGCAGGUCUAGCAGCAGCAACUGCAACAACAACAGUGUAUUCGUUGAGCUUAGGUCUGACGGGGGAACGGCGCUGAAGCACCGGCUGCUGCAGCUGCUAGGCUAUCGGGUGGUGCAGAUUUGUUUCUUGGAGUGGCAGCAACUAAAAGGGGAGGAGCAGCAGCAGCAGCUAUUGUUGCGACAGCCCGCCUUGCAACAGCUGCUGCAGGGGCUGGAGAGGCCGCGCAGGUUAAGUGCGCUCUCUCUCUACAACGUAGCCAAGUGA